AUGAGAGAGCCCAAUGUCUAUGUUAAUCCCAAUGUUCAGUCCAUCACCAUUGGCACCAACACCAUACAUAUGGACAGGCUUCAGGAUGGAAUCCAAAGGCUCCUCUGGGAGGUGAAAUUGCACUAUGCUACCCUCAUAAAUGACACUGUCGUGCUGAAGGAGGUGCCAGAGCAGGCCAAGGAUGACCUCACCAACUCAAUGUGUGGUUAUUUGUUUGUGUCAGAGGAGCUUUUUUAUAAGAAGUGUCAUGUCAUGUUCUUCUACCUGGUAGAUUGCUAUGACCUCACAAUGGUUGACAAUGCAGGAUGGAUCAUGUGGAACAUCCCUGGAAUAAAGAAAUGUCUCAGACACUCAUUGUGGGUCUGGGAGCCUCUUUACCAUUUACUGUACAUCACCCUACACAUUUUCUGUUAUGGCACUCAAUUUGUUAAUCACAAAGGAGUGAGAGAUUUCUGUCAAGGCAUGAUCAUGAUGGGUCAUGAAUUCAUUGCCCCUGACAACUCUUAUGAUCUAGCUGAUGGGGUCCUCACUGAGUCUGCAGAUUAUUCCACUAGCAUGGACCAUAGUCACUACACCAUCAUUCAAGGAGUGGUCCCUCAACUGCCCAACAAUAGCAUGUACAUUCUGAAGGCUGCACUCUGCACUGCCACAAUUAACCAAUACAAACAUACACUAUAUGAUCAGCCCAUGUCAGAAAUUCCAUCCCUGCUACCCAGCAACAGGAAUGGCCAGCCAAUAAGCUUGGAUAGUAAUCUGGAUGACCUGUUUCACAACAAUAGCAGGAGUAUGACAUCUGUUGUGCCUUUGUCACUGACUGCAAGUGGUUAUAUUCAGUGUGGAUCUAUGCUGUCAGACUCCCCAUAA